UGAACAGCAACGGUCCAGGCAGGGUCAGCUAGGGCUGCUUGCCCGAGUCUGUGACCAGUCAGGCUCUGAAUGUGUCUGAGGAUGGGGAAUGCACAGCCUCUCGGAGCAACCUGUCCUCGUGGCCCACCACCUGCACGGAUUUAUCUUAUGUUCACAUGGAGUUUCCUGUAUUUCAGUUUGUGCCUUUGGCCUCUUGUCCUGUCACUGGGCACUGCAGAGAAAUGAGUUUGCUUCCCCCUUACGUUCUCCGUCUGUAGGCAUUGAUGAGAGUCAUUGCCUCUCCAGGAAAAACAGGCCCAGCUCUCUCAGUCUCUCAUCAUGUGAGAGAUGCUUCAGUGCUUCCAUCCUCUCUGCAGACCUCUGCUGGACUUGCUCCAGUAGGAACAGAAGAGCAAUGGCUUUGAGAAUGAUUGAUGUGCCUUGUCAGUCUGAGGAUCAGCAUCUCCUGUUUGCUUCCUGCUUCUUGGCACUUCAGCAUCUCUCCGGUAGGAUGUCCACGUAUUCUCAACACCACUUUGCGACAGAUCGUUGUGAUAGGAAUACUUGCUGCUGCUGUCUCUUUGCUUUACUACUCUCUAGUAGUCAUCCGCAAUAAGUAUGGGCGUGCAUACAGGGACAAAAGGUUCCACAGAUAUCUUGCCCGAGUAACUGACACUGAAGCUACAGAUACAAACAACCCCAAUCUGAACUAUGGCAUCGUUGUGGACUGUGGCAGCAGUGGCUCUAGGAUUUUUGUGUAUUGUUGGCCAAGGCACAACGGUAAUCCACAUGACCUGUUGGACAUCAAACAGAUGAGGGACAAAAACAGAAAGCCAGUGGUUAUGAAAAUUAAACCAGGCAUUUCGGAGUUUGCCAGCUCUCCUGAAAAGGUCAGUGAUUAUAUUUCUCCACUUCUGAGCUUCGCUGCCCAACAUGUGCCACGUGCAAAACACAAAGAGACUCCUCUUUAUAUUCUGUGUACCGCGGGAAUGAGGAUUCUGCCGGAAAGCCAGCAGAAGGCAAUACUUGAAGAUCUGCUCACUGAUAUUCCUGUGCAUUUUGAUUUUCUGUUUUCGGACUCACAUGCAGAGGUUAUUUCAGGGAAACAGGAAGGAGUAUAUGCAUGGAUUGGCAUCAACUUUGUUCUUGGAAGAUUUGAACAUACAGAUGAUGAGGAUGAAGCGAUUGUGGAGGUGCAUGUCCCAGGCAGCGAAAACAAAGAGGCCAUCUUUCGUAAGAGGACAGUGGGUAUUCUUGACAUGGGCGGAGUGUCGACUCAGAUAGCGUACGAAGUCCCUAAAACUGUAAGCUUUGCCUCUUCGCAGCAGGAAGAAGUAGCCAAAAACUUACUUGCAGAAUUCAAUUUAGGCUGCGAUGCUCAUCAAACCGAGCAUGUGUACAGAGUCUACGUUGCAACGUUCCUUGGCUUUGGAGGAAACGCAGCACGCCAGAGAUAUGAAGACAGUCUAUUUACCAGUACAGUGCUGAAAAACAGGCUGCUGGGCAAACAGACUGGAAUGACUUCUGAUUCACCCUACCUUGAUCCUUGCCUGCCCCUGGAUGCUCAGGAUGAGAUCCAGCAGAAUGGACAGAUAAUGUAUUUGCGGGGAACAGGAGACUUUAAUCUGUGUCGUGAAAUUAUUCAACCGUUCAUGAAUAAGACUAAUGAAACGCAGACAUCUCUUAAUGGUGUCUAUCAGCCUGCUGUGCACUUUCAGAACAGUGAAUUCUAUGGUUUCUCAGAGUUCUACUACUGCACCGAGGACGUGUUACGCAUGGGAGGAGAUUACAAUGCUGCUAAAUUUACUAAAGCCGCAAAGGAUUAUUGUGCCACUAAGUGGUCUGUCCUACGGGAACGUUUUGACCGUGGUCUUUAUGCAUCACAUGCUGAUCUCCACAGAUUGAAGUACCAGUGUUUUAAGUCUGCCUGGAUGUAUGAAGUAUUUCACAGUGGCUUCUCUUUUCCUGUGAGUUACAGCAAUUUGAAAACAGCUCUGCAGGUUUAUGAUAAAGAGGUGCAAUGGACCUUGGGAGCCAUACUUUACCGAACACGGUUUUUACCUUUAAGAGACAUCCAGCAAGAAAACUUCCGUGGAAGUCACUCCCACUGGAGGAGCUUCUCCUUUGUUUACAAUCACUAUUUGUUUUUUGUCUGUUUCCUGAUUGUGCUGCUCUCCAUCCUGCUCUACCUGCUAAGGCUCAGACGGAUCCACAGGCGAAUGUUGCGUAACAGCUCGUCUACUUCCCUAUGGAUUGAGGAAGGCCUCCCACCACAGAAGAUUGCAGGACCCUGAUGAGAUGCUGUGAUGGAGAGCUUUUGUUGGACUUGCUACGCAAAAAGCCAUUUUUGCCUCAGGGUUCCUCCUUUUUGUCCCUUUAAACCAUUGAAGAAGCAGAUUGCCCAGGGUGUGGGCUUUGGAAAUAUGGGAAAAUGGGGUCAAUUUGGCUUAGUCUCGUUAGACGAUAUCUGCCAAAAAUUAUUAGUUUGUUUUUAAUAUUGCACUUUUGUGUCAUGGGACGAGCAAAGGCUCGUCACCAGUAAAUGAGUAUCAGCAGCUUAAGCUAUGUAUGGUAAGGGAGUGAGUGUGAGUUCUCAUCCUUCGGGUGAGACUGUGAAAUACUGUUAGCUAGGAUGAAUGAGGACUGUUUUUAUUUUCUUUUCCAGAUUCCAGGAUUGAUAUCACUUGACUUCUCAAUUCUGAGUCUCCUCAGUCAAAGAAAAGGAAGUGCAGGGUUUUCAAAAGCAGUAAGAAAAAAAAACUUUUAGGACAGCUUAUCUGAUUUUAUAUUCUGGAAUAAGUACUCUAAUGGAGAAGAAAAACCUAUUGCACCCAAUGCUGUGCUUCCACAAAAUGGCUUAAAUCAGUUUUGUUUUUAUUUGUGACAGUUUCCCCUUUUGUCUUGGAAGCUAUAGCCUCAUAGUGGCACAAGUCACUACUUUUUAAUCCUUUAUUUCUGUUUCAUAAUCAUUCAGAGAUCUCCCUGAAAUUCCAGUAGGGUGAAGAGAACUGGAAUAUGCCUAGGUUCUUGUUUCUGCUAGAGUAGACAUGCACAGUGUCUUUUUUUUGUUUGCUUUUUGAGUACUCUGAUUUGUUAAUUUAUAUUUUAUUUAAAACUGUUAAUUUUACUUGAAAGUAAAUUUGUCCAUGAUUAAAAGUGGGAUUUAUAUGAA